CCCUAAAGCACACAUCGUUCAUCCAGACCAGCAGCGAUGGAGGCGAGCACGAAGAAGCUCGGUCCACUGCUCCUCACCUUUUUCCUCCUCAUCUCCACCACCUUCGCCGCGCCGGCCACCGUCGCCUGCGACUGCGACAAGCCCAAGCACCCCAAGCCCUCCCACCCAGCACCCAGCACCAGGCCCUCCUACCCCAAGCCCCCCACCAAGGGCCCCAAGCCGGCUCCCAAGGGUCCCACCCACCCGCGGCCGGCGCCCAAGGUCCCCGUCCACCCGCCGAUCGUCUGCCCUCCCAAGGGCCACGUCCCUCGCCCUCGCCCUCCCGUCUACGUCCCGCCAAAGGGGCCCGUCACCGCACCUCCCGUCAUCGUCGGCCCACCCGUCGUCUACCCCACGCCGCCGGUCACCCACCCCACACCGCCGGUCACCGCUCCUCCAGUCACCUACCCCGCGCCACCGGUCACUGCUCCUCCAGUCACCUACCCCACGCCGCCCGUCAUCGCUCCUCCGGUCACCUACCCUAGCCCACCAGUCACCGCUCCACCGGUCACGUACCCGUCGCCGCCGGUGGACACGCCGUGCCCGCCGCCUCCCCCGGCGACCCCAGCAUCGCAGACGUGCCCGGUGGACUCCCUGAAGAUCGGGGCGUGCGUGGACCUGCUGGGCGGGCUGGUGCACGUGGGCCUCGGCGACCCGGUGGUGAACAAGUGCUGCCCGCUGCUGCAGGGGCUGGUGGAGCUGGAGGCGGCGGUGUGCCUCUGCACCACCAUCCGGCUCAAGCUCCUCAACAUCAACCUCGUCCUCCCGCUUGCCCUCCAGCUGCUGCUCACCUGCGGCAAGACGCCUCCCCCCGGCUACACCUGCUCCAUCUGAGGACGCAUGCAUGGAGGUCAUCGAUCGAUCGACAUGAGAGGAUGUCAUCGUCUUCGUCGUCCUUGCCUAUCAUUACCCUAUUACCCUAUUAGAUUGCUAGCGAUCGAGUAAGAAGAACAGAUCGAUCAGCUAAGGUUGGAUCGAUGAGUGCGCAUGUGCUUGUUUUCGUCGUGGUUUUUGGUGUUUUCAGUUUGGUUUGGCUAGAUCUGUGUGAGUACGCGCGACCGUGUGGUCUGAAUUAAUAAUCGGUGUGUACUGAUUAAUUAA